UCUUGUUGGUUCACAGCAGGCAGCAGCUGGGUUCUUGAAGAUUGAUUUCUGGGUAUUCACCUGCACGGGGUCCUGCACACUGCAAGCUGCUGCUUGUGAAAGGAUGAAGGGUGGGAUGGGGCAUGGGGAACUUUGGUACAGAUUAGAGGUGUCAAGACAGGUCUGGCUGUCAGUUGUCUGCAGCUGCAGUUCCCCACUGAUACUUCCUAGCCAUGUGUUGUGCCUCCUCCUGCCCCGCCAGGUAAAAUAACCUGCAGCAGCAUGCAAGAUUGGCUCUGUUUUUCCUCUAAUCCCAUCAUUUUAAGGACUGUUGAAAAUUCACCUGAAUGCUUGCAUCUUUAUUUCGCAGAACCAGUCGUGCAAUACGUUUUGAGCUGUGAACUGGUGCCUGGAUUCAUUUUGUGCUGCCUUUAGCAGGAGAGCUGCUCAGCAGCUGAGUCAGUGUGAUUUAACAAGGGAUUGCUUAUGAUUUAAAGCAACUUUUUGCAGAUUAUACUGUAAGAUCUAGGGGUUCUCUGUAACACCAAUGUGGCACCUAAAGCGCUGUGGAAGUUGAAGCAGUUGCUGUUCAGGUGCUUUGUGUUGUAAUUCUGUGUGGUGAGCAGUGGGAACAGCUCUGCCCGGCGUUACAGCGGAACUCCGCGUGCGCAGCGGUGUUUCGGGGCGGAACGGGAUGCUUCCUCGCGUCCAUCGCGGUGCGCGUUAUAAAACCCACCGGCUCCAGCCGUGCCUGCGGGGCUGAGGGAGCGGGGGGGGCGGGGCCCAACAUGGCGGCGGCGCGGCCCCGCCUCAGCGCUGGGCGGGAAACUUCGGACGAGCGGGCGAUGGAGCCGGCGGGCGGCGAGCAGCGGGAGCUGCUCAUCCAGAGGCUGCGGGCCGCGGUGCACUACACGACGGGCUGCCUGUGCCAGGGCGUCGCUGAGGACAAGGGCGUGCUGUUCAGCAAGCAAACCGUCGCCGCCAUAUCCGAGAUCACCUUCAGGCAGUGCGAAAACUUUGCAAGAGACCUCGAGAUGUUUGCCAGACAUGCAAAGCGAAGCACAAUCACUUCAGAAGACGUGAAGCUUUUGGCUAGAAGGAGCAAUUCUUUGCUUAAGUACAUCACACAGAAGAGCGAAGAGCUUGCAUCAAGUAACAUGGAACAAAAGGAGAAGAAGAAGAAGAAGUCCAGUGCAGCUAAGGGAAAGAGAACUGAGGAAAAUGAAACACCUGUGACUGAAAGUGAAGAUUCCAACAUGGCAUGAUUUACCUUUCAGUAACUUCUCCGGUCAUUUUCCCUUAGUAUCCUAGAAGACCUAGAUUAGCCUGCCAGUGAUUGCUCUUGCAGGUUAACAAGCUCAAUGACUCUCUAUAGUUUUUUUAGGUAAACGUGCUUAGUUACAUUUUCUUUUUCCAAAAAUGAAAUGACUGUCAGAUUUCAACAAAGUUUACAGCCAAAAUGCCUUAAUUGUUCACUAAACAAAAUCUUACGGUUAUUAAGAAGAAACUCCUUUAUUGAUAGAAUUUAAAGCAAAGCAUAUCCACUGAGCAUAUUCACACCUCAGUAUAUGGAACUCCCUGCAAAGGACAAUUUAAUUUCUCCAAUAAUUUUUUGACCUCUUACUUCCAUUUCUGAUAGAUUUGUUUAGAUAUUAUAAACAAUUUCCUUUUUAAUAGCCAUAUCUCUUGUCGUCCUGGCAAUUAAAGCAUAUUCUGUGUCAUUUUUCUCCUGUGAGUUUGUUGAUGUACAGUAAUCACCUCCAAGAAGUUGUGUGACACUUUCUAAAUGUUGUGGAAUACGAUCCCCCUAGUGGUGGUCGGAAAUCACUAUUGCCCUCUGCUGGUCUGAGAGGUGCUAACCAAAUGCUGACUAAAAAUGAAUUCCUCCUACCUUGAGAUCUAUGUUUCACAAUGGCACUUUUAAAUAUUCUCCUGUUUCCCAGUCCAGAACUGCUCCACCUCCGGGGAUAAGAUAAUCUUUUAAGUAAAUUAUUCGACUGACGAUUGCAGAGUAAUCUAGGUAGAUGAUGAUAAACUGUAGAGAUUCUGUAUUCAACAGGAAAUCUGUCCUCUUGAAAUGCUGGUGUUUCCUUGCUUUUCAUAUGUGUGUAUAUAUAUACAUAUAUAUAUACACAUAUGUGUAUAUAUAUAUUUUUAAAAAUAAUGCCCCUAUACAUGACUUGCUUUCUUGAAGUUUAUGAGGCUUUGUGUAUUGUCCUAUAUACUGGUCAUCAGCCCACUUCAUGUAGGAGAUACAAGAGUGUGAUGUUUUAAGGAAGAAAUUAUUAAUGCAGUGUUGAAGACCAUUAAUUGAGGCUACUCAUUCAUAGCAAAUAUAUUUCUGAGAAAGAAAUCUGUUACAAAGUAGGUUUGUCUACUUGGAUGUGUAAAUAAUGAAGACUAACUUGGGGCUUUGAUAUUCUAAAUGUUUUGCCAUUAGCAGAGUAAAGCAGCAGCCACCCCAGCUUUUGUCUUCUAGCAAUGUUCGAGACCUGUGCUGCAUCCCUCCCUCCUGAACACCUAUAAAAUGUUCAUACUUAUGAAUCAUGUGCAGCACAGUUCAUAUGUUUAAAUGUUAACACUUCUUAAAGGAAUAACAUCAAGGAAAUGCUAAUUUUUGCAUAGUUAGGGAAUUUGCAGCUUAAAUGAGCUAAAGUGAAUCAAACACUUUUCAUCUAUAAAACAUACAUCUAAUUCAGUGUUAAAUUAAAUUACAGAGCAUGG